AGCUGGGCUGCUGUAGAAAGGGAGGUGGUCUCUGCCUCUGGAGACUCACAGAAUCGUGAAUGAUGCAGCACUUGAUAGACGGACUGGAGGUGGAUAAGCAGCAGCAGAGUAAGGACUCGGUGUACUUCAGAGAUGGCAUGCGGAGGAUAGAUUUCGUUCUGUCUUACAUCGACGACAAGGACGGAGAAAAGAAACAGGAUCGAAGGAAGGAGUUUGAGGCUAACUUAAAGAAAGCUGGACUUGAGCUGGAGACGGAGGACAAAUCUGAGUCUGAAGAUGGGAGGACAUACUUCCUGAAGAUCCAUGUCCCAUGGGAAGUGCUGGCAACAUAUGCAGACGUUCUAAAAAUCAAAGUGCCUUUUAAAACCAACGAUAUUACAGAUAAAAAAGACAUGCCCAUGAGCUGGCUCUGUACUCCCUACCGUCUGCCCGAGCAUGUGAUGCAACCUGAGCCCGACUACUUCACCGCCACCUUUGACAAGAGCAAGACUGACUUCUUCCUCAUCGAGGACAAAGAAACCUUCUUUCCUCCGUCCACACGGAACAGGAUUGUAUAUUACAUCCUUUCCCGAUGUCCGUACAGUAAAGAAGACAAGGAUAAGAAGGGCAUCAAGAGGCUGCUGAACAACGGGACCUACGCAGCUGCCUUCCCUCUGCAUGACUCUAGGUACUGGACCAGGUCUCGUGAUGCUAAGUGUGAGAGCGAACGUUAUGCCUUGUAUAAAUACUGGGCUCGUUUCAGCCGCUUUUACAAGGAGCAGCCGCUCAACCUCAUACGGAAGUACUAUGGAGAGAAGAUCGGCAUCUACUUCGCUUGGCUGGGUUUCUACACAGAGAUGCUGACCUAUGCCGCAGUUGUUGGUCUGCUCUGUUUCAUCUAUGGUGUGGCUAGCUUUGAUGAAAACGUCUGGAGUAAAGAGAUCUGUAAUAAAACCAUUGGUGGGCAGAUUGUCAUGUGUCCUCUCUGUGAUAAGAAAUGUGGCUACUGGAUGCUCAGCACAACCUGUAGCUCCUCAUGGCAAUCGUAUCUGUUUGACAACACAGCGACGGUGUUCUUUGCAAUAUUCAUGGGAAUAUGGGUGACUCUGUUCCUGGAGUUCUGGAAGCGGCGUCAGGCUCGACUGGAGUAUGAGUGGGAUCUGGUGGACAUGGAGGAAGAGCAGCAACAGCUGCAGCUCAGACCCGAAUACGAGACCAAGUGCACCCACCGCCGGCUCAACCGCGUCACGCAAGAGAUGGAGCCUUAUUUACCUCUAACAAGCAAGUGUGCUCGUUCAGUACUGUCCGGGGCCACCGUCCUCUUUUGGAUCUCACUGAUUAUCGCCAGUAUAAUCGGUGUGAUUGCGUACCGUCUGGCGGUGUUUGCGGCGUUUGCCAGCAUUAUGAAGGACAGCCCCACCAAUAAGCUGGAUGUGGUUGGAUCCCUUAUCACGCCGCAGUUAGCCACAUCCGUCACGGCUUCCUGCAUCAACUUUGUCAUCAUCAUGAUUCUGAACUUCCUGUAUGAGCGUGUAGCCAUAAAGAUCACUGAUAUGGAGGUUCCCAAAACCCAUGUGGAGUACGAGAACAAGCUAACGGUGAAGAUGUUCCUCUUCCAGUUUGUCAACUACUAUUCCUCUUGCUUCUACGUCGCCUUUUUUAAGGGCAAAUUUGUGGGCUACCCUGGAGACUAUGCCUACAUGUUUGGCAAGUGGAGAAAUGAAGAGUGUGAGCCAGGCGGCUGUUUGAUUGAGUUAACCACUCAGUUAGUGAUCGUGAUGGUGGGUAAACAGGUGUGGGGGAACAUACAGGAAGCUCUCGUCCCCUGGCUGUGUAACUGGUGGGUGAGCAGAAGUGCUCGUAAUCAUCCGGAGAGUCUGUACAGCCGCUGGGAGCAGGAUCAUGACCUGCAGAGCUUCAGUCAGCUCGGCCUCUUCUACGAGUACCUGGAGAUGGUUAUCCAGUUUGGCUUCAUCACCCUGUUUGUGGCCUCUUUCCCGCUGGCUCCUCUGCUGGCUCUGAUGAAUAAUAUCUUGGAAGUGCGAGUGGACGCUUGGAAAUUCACCACUCAGUUCCGCCGGCCCGUGGCAGCCAAAGUGCACAACAUCGGCGCAUGGAACGAGAUCCUCAACAUGAUCGCUGUUUUCUCAGUGGUUACCAAUGCUUUCAUUGUCUCAUUCACAUCUGACAUGAUCCCUCGGCUGGUGUAUAAGUAUGCGUAUCACCAGGGUAAUGAGAGCACGAUGGAAGGAUACAUCAACAACAGCCUUUCAGUCUUCAACAUCUCAAAGUUCCAACCGGAAAACCGUCCAGACGAUGGCGAAAACCCGGAUUGGUUCUACAGCUCCAACAUCACCACCUGCAGGUACCGUGACUACCGCUACCCUCCAGGACAUGAGAAGCAGUACACUCAUACCAUGCAGUUCUGGCACAUUCUCGCUGCCAAAUUAGCCUUUAUCAUCAUUAUGGAGCAUGUGGUGUUUGUGGUGAAGUUCUUUGUGGCGUGGUUGAUCCCCGACGUGCCGUCAGAUGUGAAAGCCCGUAUAAAGCGCGAGCGCUACCUCAUCCAAGAGUACCUGCACAACUACGAGCUGGAAAAACUCAAAAUCCAGCUCAGCCAGAACGGCCCGAACAUCGAGCAGUGCACGUGUCCCGCUACAGCCGCCACGCCAGUGAAGAUGGAGGUGUUUUCAGACUGUCUGAGCUAACACAGGCCUGCCUGACCUCUCCUGACCUUGACACUAGCACAUGAAAGCUUUCACUCAGCCCAUGUCUCAAACCAGUCCUCUCUAUUUCAACACAAAAUCACACGCCACUGGUUCCUAAUAUCUCACAGUUUAUGUUGGAUAGUCUUUUCACACCACAUCCACUGUUUUGGGGUUUUCCUCAACCAUGAUAUGUUACCCAGAGCCCUCAUUUUCAGUCAUGUGACCUCUGAGAUAUGCCUACAUAAAGGAAAAGUUUGUAUAAUAUAACAAGAUAUAUGAAGUAUGAUAAUGUUUAAAUGUAUUUAGAUCUACCUAAAGCCAUAUGAGCUGUAACUCAGUUUCUGUCUAUGCAGAAUGACACUUGCACUCUACAAGAACAAUUAGGUUUUCUCAUGCUUUCUACAUUAUUGUUCUCUGUUAGUGUUGCCAGUGUCUCUAUAAGACACUACAAACAUAAAUACAGACUGUUUAUGAUCUGUAUGAAACACUGUGUGAAAGUCUGGCAGCUGAAAUGUCGGUCAAAACGUCAAUCUUAGAUUUCAACCCAAAACUAAACUGGGUGAAAUAUAAA